AUGCUUCCGCACGAUCGCCUUCAGUCCCAUCUCCAAUCCCAUCUCCAACCCCAUCUCCGACCCCAGCACCAACCCCAGCGCCAACCCCAGCAACAGCAACAGCAAGGCCAUGUUCGAAGCCGUACUGGGCCAAUAUUCGAACAUCUUAAUGAGCGUCAUAAUCGUCUAGCGGCCUGGUUCUUAGGCCCCAAAGCCGAAAAUACCGAGUUCCUUCGUAACUUUUUCAAUUUCAUUGCUGACCGGACGGAGGAAGCCCGCAAAAACUUCCAGCCAGAAGACCCAGAAUUUAUCGAUCAACAAAUCCAAGCCAGUUCGUCCUUUCAACAAGAAAUCAGGGACCUCGAUGAAUCUCUGAAGGAGCUGACCGAGGCUCUAUCGAAACACUCGAUCCCGUUCUGGUCUCCACGUUACAACGCUCAUAUGACCUAUGACACAUCGAUGCCCGCUCUGCUCGGUUAUUUGAUGACCACUUUGUUUAACCCCAACAAUGUUGCGACGGAAGCGAGUCCACUCACCACCGUUAUCGAGCUCGAGGUGGGGCUCCAAUUGUGCGAGAUGUUGGGCUAUGACAUCUCGCCAACCUCGAAUCCAUCUGCUCGUAACCUCAAGUUCUAUCCAUUGUCUUUAGCAUGUGCUCUCGAACCAGGUGCACCCUUAGAGAGCAUCAGGGACAGGCUUAUGAUUGAACUCUGUACCGGCGAAAUCAAGCUGUUCUCCGAGCUCAGCACCUGGGAACUUUUAAAUCUCAAACCGGAAACAGUUUUCGCUAUUCCUGAGAGGCUCGAAGAAGAAUUCGACAUCUCGUCGAGCUUCUUGACCGAUACAAUGAACAAGUAUUUGAUUCAAAGUUUGGGGAAAGAUGUUCUCGAAAAGAAGUUUAAUAUUACGCUGCCCAAUAGGUACUUUGUAGGGGCCACCAAACAUUACUCAUGGCCCAAGGGUGCAGCUAUCACCGGAAUUGGUUCGGAUAACAUCAUAGAUAUCCCAGUUGAUAUCAAUGCACGCUUGGAUUCUUCCAAACUCGACAAGCUUCUCCAGGAAUGUCUUGAUGAGAAACGAGCAGUAUACGCUGUGGUCGCUAUCAUGGGCUCUACUGAACAUGGCGCGGUGGAUCCUUUGAAGGACGUCUGGGAGCUCCGGGAAAAAUAUCAGAAAAAAGGUCUUUCGUUUGCUAUACAUGCUGAUGCAGCUUGGGGAGGUUAUUUCACCUCUCUACUCCGUGAAGAGAAAAAGGUUGGGCGGGGUUUGCCCAUCGACCCGGAUAACAAGUACGUGCCCGAGCUGGCGCUCAGUGAUCACACGCGCACGCAACUCGACCACCUCAAGUACGCCGACUCGAUCACGAUCGAUCCUCACAAGUCUGGAUAUAUUCCUUAUCCCGCCGGAGGUCUGUGCUACCGGGAUGGACGAAUGCGAUUCCUUGUCACCUGGUUGAAUCCUGACGUCUACAAAGACUCGGACGGUGACGAAAGUGUAGGUGUAUAUGGGGUUGAAGGAAGCAAACCUGGAGCUGCCCCCGUCGCUGCCUGGGUUUCCCAUCGCGUGAUUGGCCUGCACAAGAAUGGGUAUGGAUCCCUGCUCGGCGAAGCCAUGUUUAGCUGUACUAAGGCAAGCAUAUACUGUAUCAACUUUAUGUACACGAACUGGGUCACCAUGGAUAUCGGCGACCCUAACCUGAUCGUUGUUCCUCUUAACGCCAUUCCUGCUGAGCGUGACGGAGGAACCCCAGAGGAGAUUCAAAAGCAACGCGAGUACAUCCGAGACAAUAUUGUUAAUCGUCCGAAUCUCGAACUUGUGCGCGACGAUAAGGCAAUGGCCUUGGUUCGAGAAAUGGGCUCCGACUUGUCGAUCAACGCGUUCGCGUGCAACUUUAGAUUGGCAAACGGGGAGAUUAAUAAAGAUGUGGUCGAGUCGAAUUACCUCAACACUCGCAUCUAUGAGCGGCUCAGUGUUACCAAGAUCGAGGACAACAUUUUUGACAAACCCCUUUUCAUCAUGUCAACUUUCAUGGAGGACAAAGUGUACGGCGAAUGCUGCACUCGUCUGAAGGAACGACUUGGCGUAGUAGGAGCGCAAGACCUCGACAUCCUCGUCAACUGCGUCAUGAGUCCUUUCCCCACAGUGGCAAACUUCACCAAGAGUAUUGCGGACGCCUUCAAGAAGAUUGCUCAUGAGGAGAUUGAGAGAUGCUUGUUCCGAAAUACCGUCACCGAGGACGACUUCCGCUUUGUCCUCCAAGGCACUGAUAAGCCGUAUCUCACCCUUCUCCCUAUGUUCAACAUGGCCAAUUAUCGACACCAACUCAUCCUCUCUUGCGACAUCCCUGCGGGCGUGAUGGAUACCUACCGGGCCGAGCGCGCCAAGGACCCAAAGGCCACUUUCUUCAUCGGCACUACCAAAGACGUCAAACUUGAUAGCAUACUUGCCGGGUCAUUUGAGGCCAUGUUGGAGAAGGGUUUGCCCGCUAAGAACCAACCGCCACCUCCACGCUAUGCUUCCAAUUUCCAGGUCACGAAUGUCAAGGUUCUCAAGAAUAAUCCAAUCGACUCCAAGUACUUGGACGGCGCCUUCCCCGAGUAUAUGUAUUUCUACCUCUACGGCACGAAUGAGCAAAGACAUAUCGACCACAUGUUGGUUUCGCCGGGUAGUGCACAGCUUACAUCCGAUCAAGUGCAACUCGUCCUCACUAACGGCACGCUAUCCGGCGACAACCUUUCCAAGGGUUAUAUUCUUCGCUUGGAUGAUUACCACGAAAACGUUGUUUUCCCGGUAUUACCACCGAACACCCCGCGGUUCUUCAAGUCGGGCCAGAAACUCAAGGUCUCAAUCUUCGAAGAUCCACAUGGCACGGACGCACACGGCCCCGGACUUACUGCCCCGUUCUCAACGGCCACACCAGUAGCUUCUGGUACAAUGACCUUGGGCGAUAUGGUAUACACGGACUCUGCUCUCCUCAAUGGCAAUCCUGGCGAGGUCGAAGAAGAAUCCGUCAACGGGAAGACCCUCGAGCAGCGACUGAGCGCCACACGGCGAAGCUUUGUCGCCGAGGAGCCCAAGCAUGUCGACCCGUACCACAAGCGACGCGAGAAACAGGUCGCAUGGCGCCAUUACUUGGAGGAGAAUUUGUCGAAGAUUGGGCACGAUACUGCCGGAGGUGGACACCGCAGAUCGUACCAUUAG